GCGCGCUAUAGAGGUGAUACAUGCAGCAUAAGGUGACGUAAGAUGAGACUGGAGAAAUGCUACUUCUGUUCUUCUACUAUCUAUCCGGGACACGGUAUACAGUUCGUCAGGAAUGACUGCAAGAUCUUUCGAUUCUGUCGAUCAAAAUGUCACAAGGCAUUCAAGAAGAAGAGGAAUCCCAGGAAAGUUCGUUGGACUAAAGCACACAGGAAAACACACCUCAAAGAAAUGAAAGCAGACUCUUGUCUGGAGUUUGAAAUGAAAAGAAAUGUACCUAUAAAGUACAGCAGAGAGUUAUGGACAAAGACAAAAAAGGCAAUGACACGUAUUGAAGACAUUAAGACAAAAAGGCAGAAUCAUUUCAUAAAGAAUCGCUUGAAGGAAGCAAAGCGACUGUCUAAGGAAGACGAUGUCAAGGAGGUCGAGAGGAGUACUCAUCUACUGGAACCACCAGUCAAAGAUCGGAAGAAAAAGAUGCGAGAAGAGCCAAUGGAACUUGUGGUGCCACAAACUGUAUCAGCAUCAGCAUCUAGAGAACACAACUAACAGAGUAGUAGUGGUGCAUGUAAGAUGUAGUUAAUUACAAUGAACCAUAGAUUAC